CAUCGGCAAUACAUCUUAAACCUAGAAUUAAUCGCUCGAUAUACGUUUUGAUAUCGCUACAUCCUAUUUAUUUGUUUUCCCAGCGUCCGCCCCUAGCCGGCUAGCAUAACUAGCCUGUUGGUCCGAGUACCGCUAGUACACUUUUUCACACCAAUUAUCUCUGUUGUACUUGCUAUAUAACAUCAUGUCGGUUACGUCUCUGCCUUUGAGUGCAGGUGAGGACACGUUCGAGCUGCACUCGGUGGAACUGGAGCUGGAGGCCGUGGAGAAGCAGAUCCGCGACCUACCGGCCCAACGCACCCAGGAAGUGGUCUGGCCAGGCGCAGUUCACUCCAGCACCAGGGCACCGCAUAUCCCGGGUGCAGCAGUGGAGGACACGUGCCGGGCCCCGGUCGAGGACCCCCCCACCACCACCACCACUGCUGGUCUUCGAGAUCCCCACCCGGAACCGCUUCGCGAGACGGCCCGUGACACUGUGAUCAUCGGAGACUCCAUCAUCCGCCACGUUCGUGCUACUGUGGCUAAAGGUAAGGCUCGCACUCACUGCUUACCUGGUGCCCAUGUUCUUGAUGUCGCUGCACAGGUACCUAGGGUCGGGAGCAGAAACAUCGGAGCUGUGGUUCUUCACGCCGGCUCGAACGACACCAGCCUGAGGCAGUCGGAGAUCCCGAAGAGAGACUUCAAGACCCUGGUGGAGACGGCUCGCAGCACAGCGCCCACGGCGAGGAUCAUCGUGUCCGGACCACUUCCAGCAUACCAGCGAGGAAUUGAAAGGCUGUUCCGCACUGACGGCCUGCACCCCAGCAGAGUUGGAGUGGAGAUCCUCUUGGACCAGGGCGCUGCACACCUUCUGACUGCAUCCAGGGAAUAAUAAAUCUGACUCCAUCCUGCAAUGUCUGGUCCCCAACAUCCCCUUUGUCAUAGAAGUGGACGCUUCCAGCUGCGAUAUCUGGGGCAUAGAAUUCCGGUGGCACGGCACCCUAGGUAAACUCCUUCCCUGUGCAUACUU